AGGAGCUUGGGUUCUGGGAGGGUCUAAGUAUUGGAAAGGUCCCAACGAGAACGUGUAAAGGGAAACUUGAGUUUUGGGAACACGCUCGCAGAGGGUCUGCAAACAGACCCUAUAUGCCCAGGAGGUCCUCCAAAUACUGUGUAAAGAGAAACUUAAGUUGUAGGGUUCUCCAUAAGAGGCUUGUAAGCAGGUGCCUAAUUAUGGGGGAUGCCCUCUGAGUAAUCAAUAGACUCAUAAGUUCUUGGGGCGAGGGUACCCCAUAUACAAACUUGUAAAUAUACGUGUUUGAGUGUCAGAGAGUCCUUAGAAAAAUAGUGUGAAUUGGCCCUUACGUUCUGGGGGGCGGGGGGCGGGCAUAAAUAUGGGGUUGGGAAUUAGGAAUUUGCCAAUAGACACUUGGGUUCUGGGAGAGUCCCCGUAAGGGUCAUGUGGAGAAAUGCCCAAGUGCUGAGGAAGCUGCCGGGAGAAUGGCUAGUUAGAUUCCUGACAUCUGCGAGGUCACCGUCAGAGUUCUGUGAACACAGACUGGCUUCAGGCGUUCUGGGAGAAUCCUCAAAGGAGGCUGGAAAUUCUGGGGGUCCCCAAAUUGCACGUAGGUGGACUCAGAUUCUGGGGAUCUCCCCCAUAGAGCUGUCAAGCAGACGCAGGCAACCAUGUCUGAGUCUGGCCACAGUCAGCCUGGGCUCUAUGGGAUAGAGAGGCGGCGACGGUGGAAGGAGCCUGGCCCUGGUGGCCCCCAGAACCUCUCUGGGCCUGGUGGUCGGGAGAGGGACUACAUUGCCCCAUGGGAGAGAGAGAGACGGGAUGGCAGCGAAGAGACAAGCUCAUCGGUCAUGCAGAAAACCCCCAUCAUCCUCUCAAAACCUCCAGCAGAGCGGUCAAAGCAGCCACCACCUCCAGCAGCCCCUGCUGCCCCACCCGCCCCAGCCCCUCUGGAGAAGCCCAUCGUCCUCAUGAAGCCGCGGGAAGAGGGGAAAGGGCCUGCGGCUGCAGCAAAUGCCUCCACCCCCGAGGGCACUGCCCCUGCGCCCCCUGCAGCCCCUGCACCACCCAAGGGAGAAAAGGAGGGGCAGAGGCCCACACAGCCUGUGUACCAGAUCCAGAACCGAGGCAUGGGCACUGCCGCACCAGCAGCCAUGGACCCGGUCGUGGGCCAGGCCAAACUACUGCCCCCAGAACGCAUGAAGCACAGCAUCAAGCUGGUGGACGACCAGAUGAACUGGUGUGACAGCGCCAUUGAGUACCUGUUGGAUCAGACUGACGUGUUGGUGGUUGGUGUCCUGGGCCUCCAGGGGACAGGCAAGUCCAUGGUCAUGUCACUAUUGUCGGCCAACACUCCCGAGGAGGACCAGAGGGCGUAUGUUUUCCGGGCCCAGAGUGCCGAAAUGAAGGAACGUGGGGGCAACCAGACCAGUGGCAUCGACUUCUUUAUUACCCAAGAGCGGAUCGUUUUCCUGGACACACAGCCCAUCCUGAGUCCCUCCAUCUUGGACCACCUUAUCAACAAUGACCGCAAGUUGCCGCCAGAGUACAACCUGCCCCACACCUACGUUGAGAUGCAGUCACUCCAGAUUGCUGCUUUCCUCUUCACGGUCUGCCAUGUGGUGAUCGUCGUCCAGGACUGGUUCACAGACCUCAGUCUGUACAGGUUCCUCCAGACAGCAGAGAUGGUGAAGCCGUCCACCCCGUCCCCUAGCCAUGAGUCCAGCAGCUCCUCAGGCUCCGACGAAGGCACUGAGUACUACCCCCACCUGGUCUUCCUGCAGAACAAAGCUCGUCGAGAAGACUUCUGUCCUCGAAAGCUGCGACAGAUGCACCUGAUGAUUGACCAGCUCAUGGCUCACUCGCACUUGCGUUACAAGGGUACCCUGUCCAUGCUACAGUGCAAUGUCUUCCCUGGGCUCCCACCUGACUUCCUGGACUCUGAGGUCAACUUGUUCCUGGUGCCCUUCAUGGACAGCGAAGCAGAGAGUGAAAACCCACCAAGAGCAGGACCCGGUUCCAGCCCGCUCUUCUCCCUGCUCCCUGGGUACCGGGGCCACCCCAGUUUCCAGUCCUUGGUGAGCAAGCUCCGGAGCCAGGUGAUGUCCAUGGCCCGGCCACAGCUGUCACACACGAUCCUCACUGAGAAGAACUGGUUCCACUACGCUGCCCGGAUCUGGGACGGCGUGAAAAAGUCCUCUGCCCUGGCAGAGUACAGCCGCCUGCUGGCCUGAGGCCGAGGGAAGGAGCAUCAUGCAGAGAACCCCCUUCUGGGUCCCCAUGGUUGGUGAGGGACCACACGUGUCCUGCCCCCGCCCCAGUGGGUGGAGAGUGGCAGCAGGCCUGAUGGAUGAGGGACCGCGACAUUCUCGCCCAGAGACAUGAGGUGUCCAGGGCUAGGCCCCCCACCCUAAAUGGAGUAUUGUUCAGGGGCCAACUUUGAGAUCCCACCCCAACCUGGGACAGGGUGGGCCAUCCUCGGUUCCCUGCAGGGACAGGCAGUGGGAAUAGUCUGAAUGGUCCCCAAGCAUCCCAGGUUCUAUCUUGACCUCCCUCUGCAGGGACAGGAGCAACAGGUCCCUCCUCACUGACCCUAAGCCCUUUCCUGUGAGGUGCAGCAGGGUCUUGGGGAGCUCUUCGUUGGGGCAGACCUGGUGGUUUGAAUAAAAACAAUCACGCAA